UGGACGGAACCAGCGGCCAGUGGCGAGGCGCUGGCCGCACUUCCCGUCGGGGAGAGAGUGUAAUAUGGCGAAGACCUACGAUUACCUGUUCAAGCUGCUGCUGAUCGGGGACUCGGGGGUGGGGAAGACCUGUGUCCUGUUCCGCUUCUCCGAGGACGCGUUCAACUCAACUUUCAUCUCCACCAUAGGAAUUGACUUUAAAAUUAGGACCAUAGAGCUCGAUGGCAAGAGAAUUAAGCUACAGAUAUGGGACACAGCUGGUCAGGAACGGUUUCGGACGAUCACAACGGCCUACUACAGGGGCGCAAUGGGCAUCAUGCUGGUCUAUGACAUCACCAACGAGAAAUCCUUUGACAACAUCCGGAACUGGAUUCGGAAUAUUGAGGAGCAUGCUUCUGCAGAUGUCGAAAAGAUGAUACUCGGGAACAAGUGUGACGUGAACGACAAGAGACAAGUGUCCAAGGAACGGGGAGAGAAGCUCGCCCUGGACUAUGGAAUCAAGUUCAUGGAGACCAGUGCGAAGGCCAACAUCAACGUGGAGAACGCAUUUUUCACUCUCGCCAGAGACAUCAAAGCAAAAAUGGACAAAAAACUGGAAGGCAACAGUCCCCAAGGGAGCAGCCAGGGAGUCAAAAUCACCCCAGACCAGCAGAAGAGAAGCAGCUUUUUCCGAUGUGUUCUUCUGUGAGGAGCACUGCCUUACUCUGAGCCUCGCUCAGCUGAGCUGACUGUGCCUGUCCUGAGCGAGCCCCUCGCUCGGCCGGGGGCCCUCCCCCCCCAACACUCCCUGCCGUGCCGCGGCCACCGGGCCCAUGGCCACCAGACACAGUUGAGAAAUUGUUGAUUUUAGUAACUGUCUGAUCUUUUUUCAACUUUGGAGAUGGAAUGAGUUAAGGAUUUGCUAUUUUUCUGGUCUGCGGAACGGGCCCUCUCACCACGUGACCAGAGAGGAAGCUGGAGCGGAGCUGUGGCCGCCAACAUCAGCCGGCACGGUGGGCCUCUGUCUCCAGGCCUCCCUGCAGCACAACCGAAGCCCCACCGGAAAGCCCGUCCACGUCCCCACCACAGAAGCCAGGCCCCGGAGCCCAGUGACGGUUCCAGGAGUGCUGGGCCCCCACACCCUGAGCGAGGCGACGCAUGCCGGGCCCACAAAGCGUCCAGCCAGCACAUCUGACGCCUACCUUCUCCUCUUUCUCCUUCUACCUGUCAGUUUUGGACAAGUGACAAAAACCAUUCUCUUCCCCC